CCUCCUUCUUUCAUCCAUUCAGCGCCCGUACUUGCAUCGAUGGAAUCGUGAGAAGAGUGACCAGUCGGGCAAUCAUCCUCCAUUUUCUCCCUUAUUUUCCGGUACAUUUAUAGAAAAAAGCAAAAUUGGAGACAUAAAAGGGAGAGACGCGUUUCAUUUUUGACUCACUUUGUUGUUCAAUUUCUACGGUGAUUUCAGUCUUUGCAACUUUCGAAGCAUUGUUACUCCACUAAAAGACAACAUUUUGGUCGUCUUUCUCUCUGAAAUUCUUCAAUCACACCGUUCAGUUCACGAUCUUCAGACGGGCCGACUCCGGCUAGAUCACUGGUAGUUUCUCUUUGAGUUGCUCAACGACAUUUAUUUUGACAAGGCAUCUUCAUCUUCUUUUAUGGGCACUGAAUGAAUGACGGGCAGUGAACACAUCACCGCAGCCAACACUCGGCGGCUAGGGCUCAAACGAUUGUUGUCGUCGGACGCAGUUACAGUAACAGAUCAUUAUUCCUCCCAGCACGGUCGGGCAGCUCCACCCUGUCCAUCGCAGGACCUCGCAAGCUGAUUCCUAUCUCCACAUCUAUAGGCCUAUAAUCUUCUUCGGGAGGGUGCGUGGUGGAUAUAGAUUUGCUGUAGGCGAAAGUGCCAUAUUGCUGCAUGUAUGAGGUAGUGUUGCAUUGGAUACAUUUAAAAAAAAAUAAUUAAAAACAAUAUAUUCGCAGAGAUUUUAUAUCAAGAACAGUUUCAAAUUUGCUUUUAAUAGAAAGUUAAUAAAUGAGCAGAACGCUCUGAUAUAAUAAUUCUCGGUACGCUUUUCUCCUCAAGUAUAAUCAAAGCCAAGUAACCCAGAAAUAUAUUUUUUGCACAACAAACUGUUUUUAUUUUCAAAAUGACUGACCAUGAUAGAAAAAAGGGCCAUACGGUCAAAAGUGAAUCAUCAAGUCUCCCAUUCUCUAUUGACAAUAUCUUGGGGAUUAAGAAGAUGAAGAAAUCUAAAAUUGAGCCAUCCGCCAACGAGAUUUUCGUUAAAAUGAAGAAUAACUCACAACUUAACUCUAACUGCACACCCCUCCAUCAUCAAUCCAAAAUGAGAUCUGAAAAGGUAUUUGCAUCUCAAAAUGAGGAAUUCAUCCAAACCAGACCACAUCCAACCUUGAUUCCUGGUGUAGCAUCAAACUUCUACGGCCUCCAUGCAGAGUACUACGCACUUGAGUCUUUACACAGAGUGGUAUAUGCAAAAGAUCCCACUUAUGGCUUUGGCAGAACCUUCUGUCCAAAUUGGCCAAAUUUCUUUCCCUUUCAUAGCAACCAGUUCUCAAUGGAUGGCAAAGAGUCGGACUUCAUGAAAGCUUUGAGUAAGGCUAACAAGAAAAUUCCCGACAGAAGAAAUUGGUCUAGAGAUAUCGACAAAUCUAGAGCGAUAUCGACGUCUCUUUCUAUACCUUCAGAUAUAGUAUCUCCGUCAUCAUCUACUUCUUCGUCUUCGACAUCCCCACCAUAUCAUCCAAUUCCAUCCGACUUUUGGUCGCAGCAUUUGAAAUUAAAAGCUACAAAAUCAUCUUUAAUGUCAGAUCUAGUUGUUCCGUCUGCUUUUAAAUCGACCCAAUGUGUUAACGAACUUACUGCUAAAUUCAGCCCUGGAAAAAAUAGGAAUGCCAUUCGGCAAAAUCAGUUUAACAAUAACGCAUCCCAUGACAGUUCCUCAAUACUUCGUGCAAGUGGGUCCGAAAAGUCGACGACACGAUCGACAAGGGAAUCCAACACAACUCCUCACACAUCGCGUCGACAAGAUGGCAACAAACCAAAGACAUUUGUGUGUCCAGAGUGUGGUAAGGUCUUCAAUGCACAUUAUAAUUUAACUCGGCACAUGCCUGUUCAUACAGGUGCUCGUCCUUUCGUUUGUAAGGUCUGUGGAAAGGGGUUCCGUCAGGCUAGUACCUUGUGUCGACAUAAGAUUAUCCACACCAAUGAGAAACCACACCGUUGUCAUGAAUGUGGAAAAGCAUUUAACCGUAGUUCAACCCUCAACACACACCUUAGGAUCCACGCUGACUUUAAACCUUUCAUAUGCGAGUUUUGUGGCAAGGGAUUCCAUCAGAAAGGCAACUACAAGAACCAUCGUCUUACACAUAGCUCUGAAAAGGCAUUCAAGUGCCACAUCUGCCACAAGGCUUUUCAUCAAAUCUACAACCUGACUUUCCACAUGCACACGCAUCGAGAACAGAAGCCGUUCACCUGUGGUAUUUGCGGCAAAGGAUUCUGUAGGAACUUCGAUCUCAAGAAACACACAAGAAAGUUGCAUGAUAAGAUGUCAGAUAAUGGAAGGAAAGGACAUGUCAAGUGUUUGAAAAGAGCAGGUACGGUUCCAAUUGUUACUUCUCAGUUUUAAGAGACAAUGAUAUUGUACAAAUUUCUGUCUAUAAAUACUUGGUUUAAAAGCUUUAUCAUUCUGUGAAAGAUGUAUAUUGUAGGAAUAAAUUAUAAUGUGAUGAUAAAUUAUGGUGUAAUGACGAUUGUGUAAGUAUAAUAUACUUCAUUUUGUCCUAACAUUAUUUAAACAAAGUUUUUUUUAAUUUGUAGAAUAAGAAAAAAUCGAAAAGAUAUCUACAAUAUAAAAGAAAGUUUGUAAAACUUUAUUGAUGUUAUUCUCUUAUAUGAACCUAUGUUUUUUCCAAUUUGGAAAAUUAUGAUCACCGGGAAUUUUUCUGCUUUCAGUUUUAUCGAUUAAACUAACAAUGUCAUUUGUCAUAUAUACCAUGAACGUGUUCCCCCCCAAAAAAAAUGUUGCACUGAUCAAUUUGUUGACCUUCAUUACAACUAAAUUGUUGAAAAUAAUGAAAUUGAUGUCAUUGCUUUACGGUUUGAAAAAAAUCACUGUCUGCUCGACUCUAUGUGUAAAGAAAUGAUUACGAGUCACCAGAUUAUGAGAUAUAUCAGAUUAUACAAAGAAUGUUUAAUAUGAUGGUCAAGUAAGUGAAUAACAAUAUCAACUGCAAUUUACAUAUUUCUCACUUAAAAUUACAGAAUGUACCAACAAAGAAGUGUUCGUUGGUUUUAUAAAAAAACUAUUUCGCUUUAUCUUCAUUAUGAACAUGCAGAGUCAGUAUGUAACAGUGUUGCAUUACAGUACACAUAGACCUAUCAACCUUAAUCUUAUUUUACUUGUGGUCUAUAUAGGUCCAGAUAGAUCCUUUGAAUUGUUAAUAAACGUAGGCAAUUAAGAACGUUAGCUGAGAUAUUUGUUUUAUCUCAAAGCUUGAUUUCAUUAUACUGAUUAUGUUAAUGAUAAUACAUAAAUUGGAACAUAUGCUGUACCUCAUCCAAUUCACUUCAUUCACUUUACAGAUACAAACGUUUUAAUAAAGCUCAUCCAGUGCCAGUUUUCUUGACAAAUUGAUUUCUCUUCUUUUAAAGAGAAACCAAAGAAAUUUACAUGGCAAGUUUUAAGAAUAUCAUGCCAUUUACCUAGAUUCGUGCAUUUUCUUUCAUAAUUGUAAUAAAAAUCGAGUAGUAGGCACUGCGGAAAAUUAUGAGAGAGUGAGAGAGAGAGACAUUUAUUUAUAACACUUUAGUGCAAUAUUAGUACAAAGAUUAUACAGGUCAUGCUGCGAAUUUCCUUUCAAUUUUUUCAAAGAGAGUUAGCAGUGAUAUAAGCGAUCAUUCAAGUUAAGUGUACUUGGCAUAUCCCUUAGGGGCGUGUAAGGCUACGAGGUACUUCACUUAGUAUCCAAAAGAUCAUCCAUCAACGUGUCUGAGUACACACGGGUAAAAAGGGCGCCGCGGUAACCUGCCACCGUAACACCACAGCGGCGCCACCCGAGCCUAGCCGAGCAGCAAAUCGCUCUCUAGUGCUAUUGAUUUCCCGUCAUACGAGAAAACAAAAAACCUACAUUGGUUCAUCAUCACACAUUAGGACUGAUGAGCUUGUUUUCAAGUGGCUCUACAAAUUGCUUAAUCGCACUUCACUUUUUCUCGCAAACAAAUAAAUGAUCAUAUAGCAGGCGGGAAAUCAUUUUCUAGUAACAAUUUCUCUGCAUUCUCUGUGGACGUUAAGUGUUGUGGGGUCGCGUACUGGCAAAUUGAGUUUAAGAGCGAAUGCACUUUAAUGUAUUUAGUCCUUUGCCGCCAUACGGCAAUCAGGCUCAACGAUGAAGCAUUUUUCGUUUACAUUCGUACAACUUUUGAGAUCACUGAUCGUAUUAAGUUAUUGAUUACAGAGUUUUAUAUAGGGGUCUUUAGUGUAGAAUCUACAGUGCCAUCAUAGCUAGCACAAUUAUGAUUUUAUCUGUACGUUCGUGUAUGUAUAUAUCAAUAUUAAUUAUCAUUGUUACAUGAAGUUUGAAUAGUAUAAAAUAAAAGCUACCUAUCGUAAUGUAUUUAUAAGCAUAAUAAAUCUUGUAUGUGUCUACAAUAAAGAUCAGCCUGAUACUUUGAAUAAAGUAUAGUUUGAAAAAAAAAUC